AAGUUACGUCGCACGAUGGGGAAACAGGUUCGCGUGGCCGUGUGCACCCUCAACCAGUGGGCUCUUGAUUUUCAAGGUAAUCUGCAACGAAUAAUGGAAUCGAUCCUUGUGGCCGUACAAAACAAAGCCGCGUACCGUACUGGACCAGAACUAGAAGUUAGCGGUUAUAGCUGCGAGGAUCACUUCCACGAGCUGGACACGUUCCGGCAUUGCUGGGACGCGUUGCAACAAAUCGUCGAGAGCACGACGGACUUUGACAUGCUGAUAGAUGUGGGGAUGCCAGUGCACCACCGGAACGUUGCGUAUAACUGUCGGAUCGCGUUCUACCGGGGCCGCAUCCUGCUGAUCCGUCCAAAGCAGAUUCUGUGCGACGACGGCAACUACCGCGAGUCGCGCUGGUUUUCACCCUGGACCAAGGAGCGCCAGGUGGAGGACUUUCGCCUGCCGCGCUCGGUGGCGGUGGCCCUCCGGCAGGAUACGGUGCCCAUCGGGGAUGGGAUCAUCGUAACGCACGACACAUGCCUCGGAUAUGAAAUUUGUGAGGAGCUGUGGAACCCGCGCAGUAAGCAUAUCGACCUGUCUCUUGCAGGCGUCGAAAUUAUUGUAAAUGGGUCAGGUAGUUACAUGGAGUUGCGAAAGGCGCACGUCACCACCGACCUGAUCCGGAACGCGAGCUACAAGGCGGGCGGCGCGUACUUGUUCAGCAACUUGCGCGGCUGCGACGGUCAGCGGGUGUACUUCAAUGGCUGCUCGGCAGUGGCUCUUAAUGGGGCGGUCAUAGCGCGUGGUCAACAGUUCGCGUUGGACGAGGUAGAGGUCACGUUCGCUACCUUCGAUCUGGACGAUAUUCAAGCGUACCGAGGGGCGCUUCGCUCGCGCAGUUUACUGGCCGCUUCUACGCUUACAUACCCUAGUGUCCUCGUUCGCACGGAACUGUCUCGCUACGACGAUUUGUUACCGGAGAUAGUCCCGCCACCAUCUCUACUACCACCGUACCAUACUCCUGAAGAGGAAAUCUCGCUGGGGCCGGCCUGCUGGCUGUGGGACUAUUUGCGGCGCUCUGGCCAGGGUGGAUUCUUUCUUCCCCUGAGUGGAGGCGUCGACUCGAGCAGCACGGCCGUUAUCGUAUACUCCAUGUGCCGGCUGGUCGUUGGAGCGAUCGCGGCCGGUGACCCUCAUGUACUCGCCGAUUGUCGCAAGGUCUUGGCCGAUCCUGAAUAUGACGCCGGUGGUGGAGCGGGCGAGCUGUGCAACCGGCUGCUGUUCACCUGCUACAUGGGCACCGAGAACUCAAGCCGCGAAACACGCGCCCGAGCUGCCUCGCUGGCUGCUCAAAUCCACUGCUACCAUCUGGACAUCAAUAUCGACGGUGCGGUAAACGCGCUGCUGGGAAUCUUUCAGCUGGUGACUGGUAUGCGUCCGCGGUUCCGGGCGACGGGUGGGUGUGCACGGCAGAACCUAGCUCUUCAGAACAUCCAGGCGCGCACGCGUAUGGUUUUGGCGUACUUGUUCGCGCAGCUAAUGCUAUGGGUGCGGUCGAGGCCCGGCGGUCUACUGGUGCUCGGAUCCUCUAACGUUGACGAAGCGCUACGCGGUUACAUGACCAAAUAUGAUUGCUCUUCGGCCGAUGUCAACCCGAUCGGGGGCAUUUCGAAGCAGGAUCUUCAGCGCUUUCUGGCAUACGCACAGCGCCAAUUCGAGCUGCCCAUUAUUACAGAGAUCCUAGCGGCACCACCCACUGCCGAGUUGGAACCCCUCGUGAAUGGCGCGCUUGCGCAAACAGACGAAGAGGAUAUGGGUCUAACUUACCACGAGCUUAGUGAGUUCGGGCGCCUCCGCAAACAAGAGUACUGCGGUCCGUAUAGUAUGUUCUGUAAAUUGGUGCGUGUCGCUGGUAGCCGUCGCACCGAUUACGAUCCGAAAGAAAUCGCCGACAAGGUGAAGCACUUUUUUCGCUGCUACGCAAUCAACCGGCACAAGAUGACCGUGCUGACACCGUCGGUUCAUGCGGAGUCGUACAGUCCCGAUGACAACCGCUUUGACCAUCGUCCCUUCCUGUACCGCCCCAACUGGAUGUGGCAGUUUGCGGCCAUUGAUCGCGAACUCCUGCGCCAAACGAGCAGUGAGCAUACACUUCUCAUAAAAGACCACACAAAUAAGAAUGACGAGAAAGAGAGAGACUAUGGUGAGAACGACGACGGCGACGACGAAGUAGAGAGCGGCGAUAAUGGUCAGCAGCGUCAAACUUCUUCUCGUGGUCAUUCUUGCCAUGGCAAUCCCCUGGCAACCGAACCACAUAUCAGCUACACCACCACCAUAACGAAGGGGCAGAAUUCAUAUUUCAACGAUGCUGACGCUGCUACAGGAGGAAGUGCGACUACCGGUGUGACCAGUGCCGUCAGUGCACAUCAGCUUUCCUACCACGGGCAGACCAGCAUCGGUCACCUUUAUCUAGCCGCACAUGACCACGAUGUUGCAGUCGGAAGCGGGCUGACCAAGUCGCAAAGCAGUAGUGGUUACAAUCGGGUACAUUCGAGCGUGAUGGGAAAGAUCAAGGAUCGCACUGGUGUACCAGUGUAGAGUGCAGUGGUAGGAAAUGUGGAGCGCAGAGAUGGAGUGAAGUGAUACGCAAACAAACAUGCUUUACAACAUUAUCAGCAGAGACAUAUACUGGUGAGACAGACCACGUCGCCUACACAGUACAAGGUUUUUGCCAGUCAGUCAAACUGGCCUAGCAGUGCUGCGGUCAUUUAAGUGCUUCAAGCGUUUUGAUCCUUACUUCUUAAACCUGCCUAGAGUGUAGA